CGUUUAAUUCACUUUUUGCUUCUUUCAAAACGCAAGAAUUGCGAAUUAGCGACAAAACCUCCUCGUUAGUAGGCUUCGUUUUUAAUUUUUUUCACCCGCUUGCUUGAUUAAUAAAGCAAAAAGCGGUUAGCUAGGAUGCUAGCUAGCUCAGCUAAGCUCCGGUCGCUUGCUUAUUUCUCACAUAACUCGUGGUUUUAACCCAUACCGAGUUAGUUCUGACGAAGCAAUUGGACAAGAGGCAUUUCAUAUAUGUAUAUAUAGUAUAUACCCGCUCUGGGACUUAUGUGUAUGUGUCAUCGCUUUACAGGUCCAAUUUUUUACAUAACCGUUAGUUACACUGUUGGUCUUUAGCUUAAUGUUACACACUACCAAACUACAAUCAAAGACGGACGGACUUUCGUCCACAAUCAACAUCUGAGUAGUGCGGAGGAUCCAGCAGCUAAAGAGCAAGGACUACAGUUGCUGUUGCGAAAUCAACCCACCUGAAGACCUGCUUAAACGAUGGAGAUCCUUCAGGAAUCAGAAGAUGACACUGGGUUCGUUUGGUUUCCAGAGGAGGAAGGAGGCCAGGACAUACCUGCUGACAAUGAAAUGAGCCUGGCCAAACAGGCACCCUGGGCUUUAAAGUGCUUUCAGACUUGGCUAAAUACGAAAAAACUCAAGAUCGAUUUAAAAUCCGUCAGCAAAAAGGAGCUGGGAGUCGUCUUAAGGCAGUGGUACGGGUCCAUCCGUACCUCCAGAGGAGAGCAGUACAGUCUCGGCAGCUACCAAAGCCUUCGGUCAGGUUUGAACCGUUAUAUCAACGACCCUCCAAUUAGCCGUUCGUGGAAUUUAAUCCAGGACCCAGAGUUUGCGUCCGCCAAUAUUGUCUUUAAACGUGUUGCAGGAGAGCUCAAAAGCGCAGGCAAAGGCAGAGGGACAUCCUUUCACCCGAUUUCACCUGAGGACCAGCGCAUUUUAAAACAGUCUAAAGCUCUAAAUCCAGACAAUCCUUUGGGUUUACUAAACAAAGUUUGGUUUGAUAUUCAGUUGCAUUUUGGACAUAUUGGAAAAAGGGGUUUUCGGGAUCACCAUCCAGACUCGUUCACUCUAAAGUGCGAUGAACAUGGAGCAAAGUAUUUUACCACGACGUGCAACGAAGAAACCGCUCCACUGGACAGAGAACAUCACAGGGCUGUGAUGUGGGAAGAGCGAGGAAGUCCACUGUGUCCAGUCCUGUCUCUGGAGAAAUACCUGAAGAAAAUUCCACCAAAUGCAACACACCUGUAUUUGAAGCCAAGGAAGUUCAUAUACCAGACAGACACCUACUGGUACAGCAGCAUUCCCAUGAGAGGAAAAGACCUGCUGCAGAUGUUACCCAGCAUGUGCAGAGAGGCAGGGACGCACAUGUACACCUACCGCCACCUGACAGCCACGUCCAAGCAGGUCCCUCUGCAUGCAGGAUUUGAAAGCAGGGAGGUGAUGGCAGUGAACGGGGGCAGAAUGAAGCAGUUGCCCUCCAGGUCAACUUCCUCUGGCUCAAACGACAAAAAAAUGAUCAGACUCUCCAAGUCUGAAAUGCGGGCAAUGGUUGAGCAGGAGAUUCAAAGGACAAUAAAAGAAAAUGAAGCCAGGCUGCAGGUAUUAAUAGAUACCUUUGAACAGCUGGAAAGUGGAGAUGUCUAUGAACACUCGAUCCAGAAACUGGAGGCUCGAAUUAACAUUGUGGCUAAGAAAGCAGAAGCAGCGCUUGCCUGCAUAAUAACAGAAAAAAAGAAUCCACCCUCAUCCCUUGUCAACAUCAAGAAUGAAAUUGAAAGAACUGUACCACAGGACAAAAGUGCUGAUUCUGUGGAGAAGGAUGCAGACCUCUUUCAAAUGAUGGAAAACACAAGAAAGUCCCUGAAGAAGAUGCAAUCAGAAACAAAAGCUGUGAAAGCUGCCAUAGCGGGCUUAGGAAGAACAGAAGACUUACCUCCUCCAGUUCUUACUCCAUAUGGAUCCCCUAAUUUUAAGGGACAUGCUAGUUUCAUAAAGAAGGAGGUAGAAGCUACGCCGGAAAAUGCAAAUGCAGAGGAGCAGGAGCAGAUCCAAGAGCCAAAGGCAAAGAGGGUGAAAGUGGAAUGUCUCUCUACAGACCAGAGUAUCAUUCCAGCCAGGAACACUAUGGAGGUGCACUCAUAUCCUCCUCUCCCCUCCAUUCCCUUCCCCUCCGUGCUGAGCAUGGAAGCUGCCUCAUACAACAUCCCCCCAAGGCCAGAAGUCCAGGUAGCGCUCAUCAGGGACCCCCCUGGCCUGUCGGUGCUCUGGAACCUGGAGAAGGCAGACCCCUGUGCAGCCCCCAUGGACAGUUACAGAGUCUACAUGACAGCGGAAAAAGUGACAGGAACUGACAACUUCUCAGAUUGGAUGAUCGUUGGUGAAGUGAGAGCCAUUGAGUUACCGAUUGGUGUAAUGGUCAAUAAGUACAAGUCUGGGUGCAAGACAUGUGUCGCCGUGGUCGGCAAAGACAUAUUCAACCGCUUUGGGCCCUUUAGUAAAGUUGUAUCUGUAGUUAUACCUAAGUAGUCACCAAGAUGAAAACAAUACAACCAAAUGUGACCGUCUUAAAUUGACCUGUUCUGUGUUUAUUUUGCUUUUAGACAGGAUAGAAACACAUGCUCACGUGUUUAAGCAAAACUUGUUCCAAAUGGUUUUAAAAACAGCUGUUUUACACUAAAUUGUACUGAUGUACAAACAGGAUGGGUUUAAUGUAUUAGGGGUUGUUUUGUAUAUUAUAUCUUCACUUUCUGUCAUUUAUACUGAAUAAAUCCAAAACAUUUCACAAAG